GUCCAUUCUGCCUUCCCAAUCCCUCUAGAUCCCGAGCAGAAUUAUGGGUCCCAGUGGUGAGGAAGAUCAUCAUCACCAUCACCAACGGGGUGUCUUUCUGAGUCUCUCGGCCCUCAAUCCUGCGACAGCGAUGGAUAAUGUCACCCCCCGCCCCCUGAGAGAAAGUCUACUUGUCGCAAAUAAACUCACAAUCAACCAAUCACACCCAAGGAAACUAGAAACUAGAAUAUAUCACUCGAUAUUUGCUUGCCUAACGACUGACGUACAAGCAAACUGCGUUGCUUAGAACCCGAUUCGCGAGUUUCGCCCAUGAUCGACACGGGGGGGGAGGAGGGAA